GUGGACAUCGAAAUUAUUUGAUUAGGGUUAAGAAAUUGGGGAGAGCGAUACUCUCAUCGUUUCUGGUCUGUGCUUUUUGUAUAUGUUAGGGUUUCGCUUCAAAUCGGAGAGAGGCAACUAAUUUCAUCGGAACAUGUCGAACAAUCUUCCUCAAUCCUCUGGUGCCCAGUUUCGGCCGAUGGUUCCUGGGCAGCAAUUUGUUCCUGCAGCUUCACAGCCGUUUCAUCACCCUUAUGGACAUGUACCACCAAAUGUUCAAAGCCAGCAGCUUUUUCCAGUGAGACCAGGUCAGCCUGGACAAUCACAGCCCAAUGCACCUCCACUUGUAGGCUUUGGUACAUCUGGACCUCCCUUUUCUUCUUCAUAUACAUUUGCACCAGCAUCUUAUGGCCAGCAACAACCACCGUCCUUAGUACAACCAACUCCGCAGAUGCAUGCAUCUGGUAGUGUCCCACCACCAGCGAACUCUUGGCCUGCUCCUGUUGUAAGUCAAAGUACAACACUUGUUUCCCCUGUUCAGCAGACUAGUCAACAAACACCAGCCACUCCCACAGACCCAGGAAGUCUGACUCCGCAAUCUGCAUCUGACUGGAUGGAGCAUACAUCUGCUGAUGGUAGAAAGUAUUAUUAUAACAAGCAGACUAAGCAAUCAAGUUGGGAAAAACCUCUUGAACUGAUGACACCACUUGAGAGGGCAGAUGCAUCCACUGUAUGGAAGGAAUUUACAACAGCUGAAGGAAGGAAGUAUUAUUAUAACAAGGUUACAAAGGAGUCUAAGUGGACAAUUCCGGAAGAUUUAAAGUUAGCUCGGGAACAAGCCGAAUUAGCUAGUGCAAAGAGGCCCCAUUCCGAACCUGGAUCGACCUCUCUAUCCCACGUUGCUGCAUCCUCAUCUGAUCUAGCUGUUAGCACUCCUGUGACCGCUAGCAUGUCUCCAACAAUUCCUGCGCAUUCUUCAAGUCCUAUUCCAGCGGGUUUAGCUGUACCUGUCACCCGUCCUCCCCCUGCUGCUUCUGUUACUCCAAAGUCAGCUGCAACUAGUGAUUCUGAGGCUACUGCAAUGAAAAUGGAUAAUUUACCGUCUCAGGGGGCAUAUGAAUCAAAUGAUGGAGCGCCCGCACCAAACAAUGAGGUUGAUAAUAAGGAAAUGUCGGUGAAUGGAAAAUCCAAUAUGACAGCUGCUGGUGACAAAGCAAACGUUGAGGAACCCAUGAUGUAUGCUACUAAGCAGGAGGCUAAAGCUGCUUUCAAGUCUCUUUUGGAAUCUGUAAAUGUUCAGUCCGACUGGACAUGGGAACAGACAACUAAAGAGAUUGUUCAUGAUAAAAGAUAUGGUGCUUUGAGGACACUCGGUGAGCGGAAACAAGCUUUUAACGAGUAUCUCGGUCAAAGGAAAAAAGUGGAAGCUGAGGAAAGGCGAUGGAGACAGAAGAAAGCGCGGGAAGAAUUUGUCAAGAUGCUAGAGGAGUGUGAAGAAUUAUCAUCAUCCCUGAAAUGGAGCAAAGCUUUGAGUUUGUUUGAAAAUGAUGAGCGUUUUAAAGCUGUUGAUCGCCCAAGGGAUCGUGAAGAUCUUUUUGACAAUUAUAUUGUGGAACUUGAGAGGAAGGAAAGAGAGAAGGCAGUGGCAGAACAUCGGCAGAAGAUGGCAGAAUAUCGGAAGUUUCUUGAAACCUGUGACUAUAUCAAAGCCAGUACACAAUGGCGCAAAAUUCAGGAUAGACUGGAGGAUGAUGAAAGAAGCGCAUCUCUUGAAAAGAUAGAUCGUUUGAUUGGUUUUGAGGAUUACAUUAAUGACCUGGAGAAGGAAGAAGAGGAGCUGAAGAGGGUAGAGAAAGAACAUGUUAGGCGGGCUGAGAGAAAAAACCGUGAUGCAUUUCGUACACUAUUGGAAGAACAUGUCGCUGCUGGCAUCCUUACAGCCAAGACGUAUUGGUUGGAGUAUUGCAUUGAGGUAAGAGACUUGCCUCAAUACCAAGCUGUUGCAUCUAAUUUGUCUGGCUCAACUCCGAAAGACUUAUUCGAAGAUAUCACGGAAGAAUUAGAGAAGCAGUAUCACGAGGACAAGAGUCGCGUAAAGGAUGCGAUGAAGUCAAGGAAGGUUUCCAUGGUAGCCUCAUGGAUGUUUGAAGAUUUUAAAUCUGCUCUUUCAGAAGAUCUCAGUUCUCAGCCAAUAUCAGACAUAAAUUUAAAGCUUAUAUAUAAUGACAUGGUUGAGAGGAUGAAGGAAAAAGAAGAAAAAGAAGCCAGAAAGCUUCAGCGUUUGGCUGAAGAAUUUACCAAUCUCUUGCGCACUUUCAAGGAAAUAACCGCAGCAUCAAAUUGGGAAGAUGUCAAACAACUAGUCGAAGAAAGUCAAGAGUACAGAUCGAUUGGAGAUGAUAAUGUUAGCAGAGGGCUUUUUGAGGAAUACAUAGCGAGCUUACAGGAAAAGGCAAAGGAGAAGGAGCGUAAGCGUGAUGAGGAAAAGUUUCAGAGUAGGAAAGAGAAGGAUAGGGAGGAGAAAGAAAAGCGGAAAGACAAGGAGAAGGAGAGAAGGGAAAAGGAAAGAGAACGCGAAAAAGAGAGGAGUAGCAAAAGGGAGGAAUCGGAUGGUGAUACCGUAGAUGUGAGUGAAGGUCACAAAGAGGAGAAAAGAAAAGGAAAAGACCGAGACAGGAAACAUAGGAGACGCCAUCACAAUUCUGAUGAAGAUGUCAGUUCUGAUAGGGAUGACAGAGAGGAGUCGAAGAAGUCAUCAUCCCGUAAACAUGGUAGUAAUGAUCGCAAAAAAUCAAGAAAGCACGCAAACACGCCAGAAUCAGACAGUGAAAGUCGGCAUAAAAGACAGAAGAAAGAGCAGCGUGAGAGUAGUCGUCGAGGUGGUAAUGAUGAGUUAGAAGAUGGAGAAGUUGGGGAAGAUGGCGAAAUCAAACUUUAAUCGCUGAGAAGUGGGUAAUAACAUUUCUUUCUUCAUCUGAAACAUUUGUACUUCUUUUAGAGACUUUUACUACCAAUGAUUAAUCUUUACGCACUAUAGCGGUAGUUUUCUUUCUUUUUCGUUUCUUUAAUAAUCGGAUAUAAUGUUCCUAAGGAAGACGGGGUUCGAAAGCAUUUAUUAUCUGUUUACUUUUA